UAAAGGGGAGACGAUAGGACAAAAAAAAGUGAUGAUGAUGAAUACAUUGGAAAGUUUUUUGGCCCGGGCGAGGGUGUCAGAUUGAAUGGCCUGUGCGCAUGUGCGAAGGUGUCCAAACUGACAAUGCUGGUGAGAUGAAGAUAGUGUUGUUGCUGCUUCUGGGCUCACGGAGGACGACGAGAGGAAUCUACAAGCCGACAAGAUGAGAUCCAAGGCGAGGGCGAGAAAGCUGGCCAAAAAUGACACUGAACCGGUGGACAGCAUGUACGACGCAGAAGCCGACCUCCCGGGCGUAGCAGCCGGCAGAGAUGGUGCUGACAGCCCAGAAGACGACGCAGAAGACGGCCUCAUCAACAUGUCCCCUCUGCCCUCACCGACUCCAUCCCAUCCCAACAACAACCACCACCUGCUGCACCCUCACAUCUACACGUCGCACCACCUCCACAACAGCAGCAGCAGCAACGACCAGGACUUCACCACACCCAAGGAGGGCUCGCCCUACGAGGUGCCUGUCUACAUUCCUGAUGACAUUCCCAUUCCCAGUGAGCUUGAGCUGCGGGAGUCCUCGGUGCCCGGUGCUGGCCUGGGCAUUUGGGCGAAGACCCGCAUCUGCGCUGGCGAGAGGUUUGGUCUGCACAACGUAAAGCAUCAUGAUGCCACAGGCAAAGACGGCUCCUUUGGAUGGGAGCAGAUGAUUAAUGACCAUGAAGACGACUCUCCGGACAGUUGCAUCAAAAAGGUGGUGGAUGUGAUGGGGAGCAUCAAGUUUGCACUGGACACGGAUGCCACCAGCAACAGCUGGCUCAAAUAUGUCCGCUCGGCCUCGUCAUUCGAGGAGCAGAAUCUCGCCGCCUGUCACCUCACAGGAGACCAGAUUUAUUAUAAAGCUGUUCGGGACGUUGAAGCAGGGGAGGAGCUCUUAGUGUAUAUGAAGGACGGCAUUUUCCCCGAGGGAUCCAUGGCACCCAACCUACAAGACGAGCAAAUGUAUCGCUGUGAAGACUGUGAUGAGCUGUUCUCUUCAACGCUUGAGCUAAGACGGCAUCAGAAGUGCUCGUGCUCCAGCGCGGGUUCCAUAUUCGACGCCCUAAGAGACGACUUUAAACAGGAACGUGAGGACAGCGACGAGCCUGUCCACGAGUGCAAAGACUGUGAGAAGAUCUUCCCUAAUGAAUACAGUUUGGGGCAGCAUAUGAUAGUUCAUACGGAGGAGAGGGAGUACAAGUGUGACCAAUGUCCCAAAGCCUUCAACUGGAAGUCCAACCUCAUCCGCCACCAGAUGUCACACGACAGUGGCAAGCGCUUUGAGUGUGAAAACUGUGAUAAGGUACAGCAAACCCGGCACGUGUUCACAGAUCCCAGCAACCUUCAACGCCAUAUCCGCUCCCAGCAUGUGGGGGCACGAGCUCACACAUGUCCUGAAUGUGGCAAAACCUUUGCCACCUCAUCAGGUCUCAAACAGCAUAAGCACAUCCACAGCAGUGUCAAACCCUUUAUCUGCCCUGAUGGGCUGUGUCUUUUUGCUCCCCCAGGCGAGGUGUGCCACAAAUCCUACACCCAGUUCUCCAACCUCUGUCGUCACAAGCGUAUGCAUGCUGACUGCCGUACACAGAUCAAGUGUAAGGACUGCGGGCAGCUGUUCAGCACUACCUCCUCCCUCAACAAGCAUCGCCGCUUCUGUGAGGGUAAAAACCAUUAUGGCUCUCCAGCAGGAAUGUUCAACCCUGGAAUUGCCAUGAGUUCCAGCCCUAUCAUGGCUAAAGCUAAGUCUCACCAUCCCCACCUUCCAGGUCUGAACCAGUCAGGUUUAGGCUUCACUGAUUACUUUCCUUCAAGACCUCACCCUCAUGCUGGCUUGCCCUUCUCGCCUCAUGGCUUCCCAUCCCUCCCACAUGGCUUUCCAGGUAUCUUCCCCCCGUCACUUUAUCCACGACCACCAUUAUUACCUGCCAGUCCAUUGUUAAAGAGCCCACUAGGUGGCAGUGGUCAGGAGGUGAAGCUUCCUCGAAGCCCUUUGGGUGUCCCUCCAUUGUCCCUGGUUAGUUCCACAAACAGCAAUGAGGUUAAUAGUUUGAGUCCACAUGAAGACAAGGAGAAGGAGAACAAACUGGAUUUAUCUUCUAGUAGAGAAGCAAAGCCUAAGUCUAAGAUGGCUGACAUGUCAGAUGGUAGCGACCUUGAAGAUGUUAAUACUACAAGUGGGACAGAUCUGGACACCACCACAGGUACUGCUUCAGGUGAUGGCUCUGAUUUGGAGAGUGAAGGAGAGAGUGAACGUGAGCGAAGUGGUAAAAGAAGGAAGCCAUCUGGCAUCGUAUCAAGUCAAGAAGCAAACCAGUUAGAAGACACAAACAGUGCAUUAAUAUCAGCCGUGUCUGGUUCAGGAACCCUUUCUAUAGAUCGUCCAUUUCUUGCUUCUGCAUCCCAGCACUCUUUUUUCCCCCCACCUGAUGAGCAAGCCCUUCCACCCAGCUCCACAAAUGCCAAUGCAGCCACCACUGAUUCCAUCAAAGCCAUCGCCUCUAUUGCUGAGAAAUACUUUGGUCCAGGUUUGAUUGGACUUCAUCAGGAGAAAAAGAUGGGUCCGUUGCCCUACCAUUCCAUGUUUCCCUUCCAAUUUCUGCCCAACUUCCACAACUCCCUCUAUCCCUUUAGCACAGAUCGAGGCACUCUCAAUCCCAGCGUAUUCCUUAAGGCUGAGCCCAAGUCACCUCGCGAACAGCUGCAGAAGAUAGUUUCAAGUUCCCCUGCAGCCCCUGUCACCACUGCAGAGUCCCCAUUUGAUCUUACCACAAAACCCAAAGAGGCCAAGUUAACCCCUCCAACCCCAACCAAUCCUUCAAAUUCCAGCAAUACUGGGAAAAGUAGUGGACCUGUAGCAAUAUCCAGUAAUGAAGAACAGCCACUGGACCUCAGCAUUGGCAGCAGGAAUCGUGGUGGUCAUAAUGGUUUGCCUGCUGAGCUGCAAAAUCGAAAGAACCACAUAUACGGAGCAGUAAAGGGGAUCCCCAAUAAGGACGAAACCUCAGGAGGAUUUCCACAUCCCCAUUUGCAAUCGUUGCACCAAUCGUCCAUACCCCAACACCAGCAGCCGCCAUCACAGCCACAUCAGCCACCACCCUUGCACUAUGCCAAGCCCUCAGCAUUCUUUAUGGAUCCCAUCUACAGCAGGGUGGAGAAGAGGAAGCUACUCGACCCAGUUGGAGCUCUGAAGGAGAAGUUCCCCAGGCCUUCACUAUCACUCUUCCAUCCACAGAUGUCAGCCAUGGAAAAUAUGACAGAGAAGCUGGAGAGCUUUGGUGCUCUCAAACUGGAUGCGCCGCCCAACUCACUGCAACACUCGACCCAUCCACUGUUCAACUUCCGCUCACCACCACCUUCCCUCUCAGACGCAAUCCUUCGAAAAGGAAAGGAGCGCUAUGCUUGCAGGUACUGUGGGAAAAUCUUCCCUCGCUCAGCAAACCUCACCAGACAUUUGCGGACACACACAGGGGAACAGCCCUACAGGUGUAAAUACUGUGACCGCUCAUUUAGCAUUUCAUCCAAUCUUCAGCGCCACGUCCGCAACAUCCAUAACAAGGAAAAACCCUUCAAGUGUCACCUGUGCAACCGCUGCUUUGGACAGCAAACCAACCUCGACCGCCAUCUGAAGAAGCACGAGCACGAAAACAUUCCUGUGAGCCAGCAGUCCGGGAUGCUUUCCAACAUAGGAACUACCAUCUCCUCUCCAAACUCCGAGCCAGACAAUCAUGCACUUUUAGACGAGAAGGAGGACUCCUACUUCUCAGAAAUUCGCAAUUUCAUUUCCAACAGUGAGAUGAACCAGGCCUCCAGCUCCGCGGAUAAAAGGUCAGACCACCUUGAGGAGGAUCGUCCACCCAGUCACAGUUUGUCCAACUCCAAGCUAGGGCUCCAGGGCCUAGACGAAGAGGAAGAGGAAGUGGAGGGGGACGAUGAGGAGGAAGAAGAAGGCAGCCUGACGGAGAAGUCGCACGACGAGGCGCCGGAGUCCCCGUCUCCUUUGACAACAGGAGUAUACGAGGAGGAUGAGGAGGAGGAGGACACCGAGACGGCGCCGUUAGCUAUGAGCUAUGAACACACGCGCAGGUGUAUAGAGGAGGAGGGCUCUCUCUUGGACCUGGAGGGUCUGCCCAGCUUUCCUAAGAGCCUGGAUGGUUUACGUAAAGCAGCCAUUGACGAGCAGCCCUUUGAUGUUAAAGACAUAUUUAACACUUCACUAGAGUCUGAAGCAUUGAAAGAGACAUUGUACAGGCAGGCUAAAACCCAGGCUUAUGCAAUGAUGCUGUCUCUCUCUGAGAACAACCCUUUGCACGCGCCCUCCCAGAACUCUCUGGACGCUUGGUUGAGCAUGGGAGGUGGACCGUCUGAGACGAGUAGCUUUCACCCUCUCAAUCAUCUCUGAGCAAAGAAAAGCGAGACAAAGGAGAAGGUGGGAGGAACAGUAGGAGGAACGUUGGUUUCACAAACUCACUGAAACAAAAGACUUAAGAGACGCGAGGAUGAAGGCCGGACAAGAAUUCAAUGUCACAUACAUUCAAGAUGGCGUGAAUGAAUGUGUGUGGUGUGCUCACUUGUUGGUGUGUUUGUGUGAGUGAAAUAGAGGAGUGUCCCUUUGAGAGGGGUCCUGCAAGACUGUCUAAAAGAAAGCACUGCUAAAGCUCCUGUUGAUGUGAAGGACACAAUGAAUGCUUUUCCAUAGCAUUAAAACUCGGAUCCUCCCGGAGAGCACGACGGCUCACGGCAGCACCACAGACCCCCGUAUGAGGCUCCUGAAGACACUAAAUGACUCGUCUCUAAAGUCUGUGUGCAAUGCCUUAUGCGAGGAUUGUAGCGCUGGCACUGCAUGUCCACCAGGUGGCACUGUUCGAGCAGGAAUCCAGGGAGUGAGAGCAGUCCUCUCCAGGUUUUUCUCCACCAAUCACGGUGGCUGAUCUUGUUUCUUUUUUUUUUUUCUUCUUUUCCUACUUCAGAAUCAAUAUUAGCACCAAACUAAAUUUUCAAAUUCAAAAUUUUUCCAAUAAUGUUCAAAUGUGCUUUUAAUGACGUGUUUAGGCCACUGGUCAUUGUAAAUGGUCACUAAAUUUAUCGUUGCUGAAAAUGAUUUGAAAUUCUGCUAAAAAUUAAAUUUUAUUUUCUGUUUAUUACGUCCUCAUUUAAGUAUUUUUACUUUAUUCUAUUAGAUACCACAGUAUUGUUUCUUUGUAGACAUCACAGUGCUAAAACUGUUAAUUUAAUUAUUUUAGAGAAGGACCAAAUUUGUAUGAUAUUGUCAUAUGAUGUAAAAAAAAUAGAUGUUCAUAACAAGAGUGGUAUGUGCCAAAUAACCCAUAGAAAAUGUUGUUUUUGUUUGUUUUAUUUGACAAUCAUUUCAUUUCCAAGGGGCUCACAUUUGCUGUCAUAGGUUUUCAUGGUUUCCUACUACGCUUAUAUAUUUGAUUUCAGAAUUGUGUGUAUGUAUUUAUUUUUUUGUUGUUGUUUUGACUCGAGGAGUGAACAUGAAGAAAAGUCUGUCCCUCUUUUCUUGAAGGAAGGAUCGAUCACCCAUCGAACUGCAGGGGAGAUUCGGAAUCUCUGGUUUUAGUGGGUUAGUUUGCCAAAAUAGAGAAAAUAAACACAAACUUACUUGUUUUAAUUUAUAGCUGAGCACGUGUGUAGGUAGUUAUAAAACCUUGUUUGGUGAUGAAGCAUCCUAUGGGGUUUAGUUGUUUUCUCUUCUUCAGAAUGUCAGGAAAAAGGCAUUAUGUACUAUUUAAUAUUAGUUUCUACCAUACUGAGCUCCCUUUUCUUUCAGUUUGGCAUUAAUUGUAACAUUUCAUCCAUGUCUAAAGCAAACAAUCACAACUACAUGGUAAAUAUGGCGUCCCACUGAAGGAACAAAGUGGAAACCCUGCCGAUCUGUUUAGUCGUUAAAAGAAAGUUUCUAGAUGGAGAAAAUAUUAGUUUAAAUUUAAAUUAAUUCAUUGUUUUAGAUUCUUUUAAAAACCAGUUGAAUUUGAUCAGCAACUGACGCCAUUGAUGGCAUCCAUAACAUACUGUAGAUGUCUGUAUAAGGCGAGGUGUUGAUCCCUUUUUCCCUUUUAGAACCAGACCUAAACUUGUAUUUGCAAACAAGCACUUAAACGGGUUCAAAGCAUGACGUGACCCGGCCUCCCAGCCACCAUGUGUAGGUGGACCCCAUAUGGAUAUAUGCGGGCUCUACAUUGGUUUUCAGAGGGACCCAGAUGGUUUGGGCCUGUUAAAAUCUGCAUGGGCAAACCCUGUUGGCACCCAUACGGUUUGCCCAUAUAUGGGGCUCUUCUUUGCAUGGUGGCUGGGCUUUGAUCUCUUGGUAAAACCUAAAACACGAUGCAUUUCAAACUGGUUUGACUUUGAGUGGCUGAGAAUGUCGAACUCAAGAGAUAAAAAUGAACAGAAGCACUGUAAUUUUUCUUCAUGACAGCAGUUGGUGGUGUGACGCUCGGAGUGCUGCAUCAUCUCAUUUUUCUGAAGACAGAAGUCUUGUUUUACGAAUCUACUGAAUGAGAUUCCAUUCAUGCAAACACAUUGUUUUUUUUUCAAUUUGUGGUUUGAAAAUGUAAAGACUUGGGUCACUAAGUUUUAAGUUGACUAAAUGUAGUAAUUCAUGUCAUGGACUACUGUAACGAGUACGCGCUGUGCAAAGCAAUUCAGUUGAAGGUAUUGAGGAUUUUCAUUUUUCAGGCAACUUUCUGGUCACGGAAAUAUUUUUCAACAUAACAAAACAUGGUUGCUAUUUGACCCACUGUUACAGAAGAAAGUAAAAAGUAUAUAUACAUGGUCUCUUUUUAACUGUAUAGUAUUUUAAAAGAAUGAAAAACAAUGGUGCAUUUGUCUGAAGAAAAAAAUCUUUGAAAUAUGGGUUUAAAUGGAUGGUGCUUGUUUUGUUUCAAUCUGAGUUGUAUAUCUCCUCUGUUAUGUUUAUUGAAAAAAAAACAUUCUUGUGCAUGACAUGUUUAGCGGUCAUAAUGAUGUCCAUUUGUGAAAUGUGUAUCAAAUCAAAAACAGAGAAAAAAAAAAGAAAAAAGGAAAAAAAUAAUAAAUAAAUCCGUAGAUGCACUUAUUGUACAUGUGUUUAGGUUAGUAGGUUUGACUUCAAGUUCCGACUGCCUCACCUACGUGUGCGUGAGCAGCUUCUGACAGACGUAGAAACGACUUGUUGGAGAAGAAAAAACAAUAAAGGAUUGUAGAAUAAUAUGGAACAAUUCUGAAAUUGCAGUUCUUUUGAUGCUUGUGAUUAUUGCAGAUGUACUUUAGAGAAAUCUCAUUGAAAAGAUAUGACUCUGAUGUUAAUUCUGUAGAAUAGCAAUGUAUACCAAAUGUAAUCUUUCCAAUGCUAUGAAGAAUUUAUACAUGAAAUUGAUAUGCAAUAAAACCUGUGUGCUUUUU